AGCAAAAAUCUAAAGCAUUAUUUUUUUCUUUUGAAUAAUGAAUCUAAAGCAUUAGGGUCUCCCAUAGAGUAAAUUAGAGUUUCAUAAUCCAAUCCUAAAAAAAUACUGCAGUUUUGUGGGUAAAUUUCCUAGUCCAUGCCUAAUACCUACUACAUCAGCGGUAAGAUCAUCCGUAGCUCAGCUUCUGGCUAGCCUGUAAACUCCAGGCCAUUUGCUCAUAUAUAUUAUAUAUAAUUUUUGCUAAACAUUUGCUCAUACAUGAAACUAGGUAGCAGGUUUGUUUCAUAAUUUGUCUACUGAAAAGUUUCAUAGUAGCACAUUAGGUUAUGUAUAAUGUAUGAUCUAAAAGGGGAUUCGACCAUCAUAUUUGAGCACCAAUAACUAUAGAGGGGAGUUGAGAAAGUGACGUCAACCAAGAAACCUAGAAACAUUAAACAAGAAGUAGAAAAUACAUGACCAUGUACGUUGCAUCUUACUAUAAAUACAUAAGACCACUUCAACAUAUUUCUUACACACUCCAAACACACAAACUAGAAGCAAUGUCGAUGGAGAAGCUUGGCUGCUGUGAAAGCUUCCUCAAAAGCUCAAAGCCCUACUUCGCCAUGAUAUCUCUCCAGUUUGGCUACGCCGGCAUGAACAUAAUUACCAAAAUAUCCCUCAACACCGGUAUGAGCCACUACGUCCUUGUCGUCUACCGCCAUGCAAUCGCCACCGCCGUUAUUGCCCCCUUCGCUUUCUUCUUCGAAAGUAAAGCUCAGCCGAAAAUAACUUUCACCAUUUUCAUGCAACUAUUCAUUCUCGGCCUUCUUGGGCCCGUGAUCGAUCAAAACUUCUACUAUAUGGGGUUGAAAUAUACGUCGCCCACGUUCUCGUGCGCCAUGAGUAACAUGCUUCCGGCUAUGACCUUUAUCUUGGCCGUUCUAUUCCGGAUGGAGAUGUUGGACGUGAAGAAACUGUGGUGCCAGGCGAAAAUAGCUGGAACGGUGGUGACCGUAGCCGGAGCCAUGUUAAUGACAAUUUAUAAGGGACCCAUCGUUGAGCUAUUUUGGACUAAAUAUAUGCAUCUCCAACAUGCUAACGACACGACACCGUCUAGCAAUUCAAAUGAUAAUAAAGAUUUUCUAAAAGGCUCCAUCCUCCUCAUCUUUGCUACCCUUGCAUGGGCCUCCCUCUUCGUUCUUCAGGCGAAGAUACUAAAGACGUACUCGAAGCAUCAGCUUACUUUAACAACACUAGUUUGCUUCAUCGGAACAUUACAAGCAGUUGCUGUGACGUUUGUCAUGGAACACAACCCAUCAGCUUGGAGAAUUGGCUGGGACAUGAACCUCCUUGCCGCCGCUUACUCUGGGAUCGUGGCAUCAAGUAUCUCAUACUAUGUGCAAGGGAUAGUGAUGAAGAAAAGAGGACCUGUAUUUGCUACUGCCUUUAGCCCUUUGAUGAUGGUUAUUGUUGCAAUCAUGGGUUCUUUUAUUUUGGCAGAAAAGAUCUUCCUUGGAGGGGUGAUUGGAGCAGUACUUAUUGUAAUUGGACUGUAUGCAGUCUUGUGGGGAAAGCAAAAGGAAAAUGAAGUAACGCAUUGUGAGAUUUUAGAGCGUCCCACCAAGAAUAUCGACCCGAGUAGUAAAGUAACUGAGGAUGUGGAAGCUAAUAAUGGAACUGAAAUGAAAUAUUCGGACUCUAUACUAUCAACGAUUGUAAUCAGCGCUCCAGCUUCAGAAACAACUUUGAAGAAAACUAUCCAAGAGCCAUGAAAAGAUUGCAUGAAGAGAAUAAUAAAAGACUACUUUUGGUCGGAUAUUUGUGUGUAUUUUGUCUUUUUCACUUUUAAAUUUUGACCUAUAUAAUUAUGAAAUACGUGUAAUAGCAAGAACUCUAACUUGCGGUUUAUCAAUACGAAAGUUUUCACCCUUA